AGUUUCUAAGCGCCUACUAAACAAGUAUCAGUAUCAGGCUUCCUUCUGCAGAUCUUUUUGACAGCAUCUUCUUUUUCUUUUUUUUGAUAUACCAUGGCGACCCAAGUUAGCCUCAUGACGUACUUACAACAUGGUCCUCCUCUGCUGCCUAUCAUCGAACAAGGACAGUCACCACAGAACACACGGGAUGAUAAUUACGGAGCUGGUGAUAUCAGAAAUGUGGGCCACUGGGCAGGAUUCAACUUCACUUCUAUCCAACAACAGUACGGGACCCUUUUAGCUGCCGCACGAAUUGACGAUGAACCAUUUCAAUCUUCUCCUCCGCGGCCAAUAAACUCUGAGGCGGCAGUCAGAUCCCGUAUUAACUCUUAUCUAACUAACCGGAUUAUACGUGCUCUUCGCUGUGGAUUUUCAUAUAUGCAGUCUACCCAACAGCUGGGUAAUUUCACUGUUAUACACUACGAUGUUGGUGCAAUGGCUGCAACUAUUGAUAACUACACUCCCGACUUUGCCUUCUUUAAUCCGAAUCUCGAGGCCAAAACCAGACCGAACCGCCUCCCGAGUAAAAUCAAACCUUCCUACAAAUGGUCCCUUGAUUUGAGAAACCACCAAAACUCCCAUAGUCGGACAGAAUUUAAACAGGUCUUAUCCCAAGUCAAUUUCUACAUGAAACAACAUCAUGCGCGCUACGGUUUUAUUAUAACCGAUCGUGAACUUGUCGCUAUCCGGCGGCUCGAUAGAAACGGCAAUUUGGAGCUCUCGGCAUCUAUCCCCUGGACUACAAAGGGUACCACUUCACAGACGAGACUAACUGCGUUACUUGCAAUCUGGUAUCUGGGGAUACUCGCGGCAAAUAACCAGGACUGGUAUCUCCAUUGA